AGAGAGAGAGAAAUCUAACAGGUGAAGACGAGGACAGCCUAUGGACCAAACGCUGCGAAAAGCGAUACAGUGAACAGAUAAACUGGAGAGGAGCGUCAGACUGUCGUGCGCUCCGCUUUUUUGGAAUUGCGUCAAAAAAAGUGUUCAAGCAGGUGUUUUUCUGGGCUUCAUUUCCUUUACAAGUUAUCGGCUUUUAGACUUCAUUUUCUACCUGGAGAGAGAAGAGGGGAUUACGCUGUGAUUAAAGAAACUCGCACCACUUUCCUGGCAUCUCCUGCGCGCCCGUCGGCUCUCCAGCUCUCCAUUUGGCGCUCCAGCGUUCCGAAGUCCUUCAGUCAUUGUGGUGGGACGCGGAGAAGACUGGUGCUCACAAGACUUUAUUCCCCAUAAAUAUUUCUGGAUUAUAAAGAGAAAGAGAUCCAGGCAUAUCAGACAAGGACUCUGUCAAAAGCACACCCAAGUUGACAAAUUUUUUUGUGGUUUUCUGGAAAAAAAAAAGAGAGAGCGAGAGACCCUUUUGGACAGAUAAAAGUCGGGGUCAUAAGAUGAUUGGGUCAGAAAAAGAUUUGUGAUGGACUCUUUUUUAACUUACAGCCAUGGCAUUAAGUGAUACAUCCACAUGAAGUGAAACCCUGUGGUUUGUAGGGGGGGCUUGAAAGAAGAUUUAUCUUUGAAAAAAACUGUAAAUUAUACUUCAUCCAACACAACAAACAAUACCUCCACACCCUCCUCACUGAGCUGAAUUUGGCACCAGCUCUCACUUCAGCAUACUUUUAAUAAGCUCUGCUUUCACAAUAACCGCCUCGGUGCCAGUUAUGGUUUCUGUUUGAUGCUGAAAAUUGAACAGAACUGCAGGACGACAGGAGGAGUCAGAAAAAGGCCAACCAGACUUGAUCAAUUAAAUUAUGUUUUUUGUGUCACCACAAACCUGAGACAGCUCAGAUUUUUCAGAUUUUUUUGGAAAAUUGUGGUGUGUGAAGCUUUUAUCUUUGAACCCAUAUAGGUUUUUUUUAAAUAUCUUGUUUUGGGCCACCAAAACAUUUUUAUAAUUUCCCUUGGAUCUUGUCUUCUGGUGUUUCCUUCCUGGCUGUCUGCCAUUUUGUCUUCUCUCUUAUACUUGACCCAGUGAUACACUGCCCCCCCACUCCUCUCAAUAUCUUUCUUCAACUUUUCACACCGUACUGGUUCUCUAAGAGGCUUCAUCCUGGCCGGCACUAUUCCAGCAAAGGGGGAAGAGGACUUCCUGACGCUGGCCGCCUCGCGGUUCAGCCGCAGGAAACGUGUCAUUGGAGCUGCUGUAGGUGUGGCAAUGGUUCUUAUUCUGUUGGUGGCCAUUCCCCUGCUGGUCCACACAACCAAAGGAGGGAACAGCAGAAACACAGGGAGCCAUUAUGAAAUGCUUGGAAGCUGCAGGAUGGUAUGUGAUCCCUAUGCUACAUCUCAGCCAGGCCAGGAGCUGACAGCUGUGUCUCCACCUCCGCAGGAUUAUUCUGGAAAGAAGAUCAAAUCUGGGCUUCGAGGACCUCCAGGGAUCCCUGGCCCUCCAGGAGCACGUGGACCACCUGGAGAGCCAGGCAAACCAGGGCCACAGGGGCCCCCAGGCCCAGGCCCUGGUGGCUAUUCUCCCUCAGUCUACACUCCCAAAAUUGCCUUUUAUGCAGGGCUACGCAAGCAACACGAGGGCAGUGAAAUACUGAAGUUUGAUGAUGUGGUGACCAAUGUAGGUAACUACUAUGAGCCCAGCACCGGCAAGUUCACCUGCCCUCUGCCUGGCAUCUAUUUCUUCACCUACCACGUCCUAAUGAGAGGUGGUGACGGGACGAGCAUGUGGGCUGACCUGAAGAAGAAUGGACUGGUAAGAGCGAGCGCCAUCGCUCAGGACGCUGAUCAGAAUUACGACUACGCCUCCAACAGUGUGAUCCUGCAUUUGGAUGUAGGCGAUGAGGUGUGCGUGCAGCUGGACGGAGGGAAGGUCCACGGAGGAAACACAAACAAGUACAGCACCUUCUCCGGCUUCCUCAUCUACCCAGACUGAACCUCAUCCUCACUCGUGGAGAGAGAAGUGGUCAGAAAAACACCAACACGCAUACACAGAAACACACCUACACCGACAUGUAUGUAUGCAGAUUAACGCACACACACAGACAUGCAGUGCUCACACAAAUAUAUGCACACACAUGCAUGCAAGCAAGCACACACAUGCACAUACCUGCAUACAGACAUCGUGAGAUCACAGUAGACUACAAAAGGAUCGAGUGAAAAUCAGAGAUAAGUGGAAUGAAGUGAAAACUGUGUGAUAUUGAGCCAACCAUCAUGAGCAACUGCCUUCAUUGGCACCCUGUGUGUGCAAAUAUGAAUUUCAGAAUAUGUAUAGUAUCAGUGCACAUAACAACUCCACAUUGUGGCUCUGAAAUAUCUACGGUAUUAUGAUGUGUUCUAUAUUAACUGACAUUAUGAGAAAUAGAAUAUUAAAAAAUACCACCAUAACUCUGAUCUUUUUAUUGCAAUAAUGGUGUCGAGGGUGCCAUUAAUUAAGAUUACAAAGCGGAGACAAAUGCACACUUAAUGUAUUCCAGUAUUUACAUUUCUGCUCUCCAUUCUGGUGACCUCUGAUCAAAUGGCCUGCAUAUAUUUUGCAACUUGUCAUUGUAAAAUAUUUUUUUCCCUCUCUGCUUCAAAGUGAAUUACGCCAACUGAAAUGAAUUAAAUCCCUGUUGUGAUUCACCCUGCACUGGCACGGUGCUGAUUAAAAUACGGUCAUUUGAAUAGACAGAUGUUUGACUGUCCUCUCCUGUUUUCAUCCUGGCACAGAACGUCACUUGGCAAGAUAAAAGAAAACGUGCGAACAAUGCAAGGCAACAUAUCACAAUGCAUUUCAUGGAUGGAACUCGUGUGUAAUGAAGUUUUAAUUGCCAAGUGCAUUAUUGACAAUAUUUUGUGUGUGUGUGUGUGUGUGUGUGUGUGUGUGUGUGUGUGUGUGUGUGUGAGCGCAUGUGUGUGCGUGUUUUGAGUGGAAUACACUGUAAGAUACUGGGGCAGUGAAAAAGGGACAGGUUCAGUGUUUUACCUACACUAAAUGUUGUGCAAUGCAUUACAAAACAUGUGACUAGAAUUACACUGCCAUAUCUGGUUAGUACUUUAUUUUUGAGAGAUUCUGUCAAAAGUAUCAUUAUGUGUGAACACAGUGAUUUCGGGACGGGCAAUCUGGUAUAAUGAAAAGGUUGAGUAUACAAUUGCUAUUAAAAUAUCUAUACCUAC